CAUGACUACAUAACGCUUAGCCUUGACUACGGCUAACCAGCAAAAUAAAAGCUUGUCAUGUCGGACCUGCUUAAAGACAGAGCUCUGAAAAAAGACAAGAAAAUGGGAAGAUUACCCUCAGACGCAGGGCACAAACCUAAAGAUGGCAGACCUAAAGACUCCAUAAGCACUGUCUCACACGUGGAGGACCCCUUACACCAUGAUGACACAGGACUUUCUAUGGAAAACACUUAUCAACUAGGACCUUAUAGACGUCACUCAGUACCAGUUAUCACUGAAAUACUGAGGGAUGUGCUCACUUGUUAUCUCCAGCAUGAAACCUAUGAAGCUGAGUGGUCUCGACAAAUGACAAAAACAUUAUGUGAUGUGAUCAGAUCACGCGUGAAGGAGCUAAUGAUCCAGCGAUAUAAGACUGUUGUUGUAGUUAAUAUAGGACAGUUAAGUGGACAGGGCAUGCAGAUCAGCAGCCGUUGCCUCUGGGAUGCAACCAAUGACAAUUUUGCCACCUAUUCAUUUAAAAACAGCUCUUUGUUUGGUGUGGCAAUUGUGUAUGUUGUGUAUUUUGAGUAA